AUGGUUAUAGCUAGCUGUUAUAAAAAAGUGGGGGUCAUUCAAACAAAGAUGACGCAGAAGAAUAUCAAAAAAGUAAAGGAAAAUAGAAGUACGAAUAGAAUUCAUAAAUUUCAGUCUCUGAUUUUGGUUGGGACACGUGCUAGUUGUCCUGUGGGGAGGAAAAAAAAGAAUCCGGCAUAUUCUCAAGUAUUCCGUAAACUGCCCCCUCUCUGGAAUGAUUUUAAGUCCUUCAAAUUCCAUGAAAUAAGUUAUCAAAAAAACCUAGCUCCUUUCAAGAUGGGUAUUCGCCACACCAACUCAUAA